AUGGGUGGGAUCAAUCGCAUGUAGAUUGCUUGCAUUGUGGACGUAGUGAGUUUACAAAUGAGUACUAAUCAGGACAACACAAAAAUACUGACUGGAGACUGUAAACAAUCAGGAGCGCAGAGAAACUCUACAAGAUAAAAAAGAGAGACAUCAGAAUUAAAAAGAAUUAACAGGAGGACUGACUGCUUGACAUGGAUUGUCCAGACAUUUGCAACACAAUACUUUUCAAGAGGAAAACAUAUUGAUACUUUGUGGCGUUUUUAAUUCAGUUCUCUAACACUAGAUAUCUUAUAUAUUCACGCCAAUUUGAAACUGGAUCUGAAACGGAUCACUUUCAAAGUCUUUUUUUCGACUAAACUGGAAUGUGAUCGCACGUACUGGAUGUAUAUUGGAUUUAUAAAGGGCAGUCGGCUCCGGAGUAAAUUAAGAGUCAAUUAGACAUAGAGCAUCUGAAUUCUGCAUCAGGAAAACAUCAUAAAAGCAAAGUAUGGGGAAUAUUGAGAGUGUAGACGGGCAAUCUGAGAUGAAGCAUCAUAUAAUGCCCUUGAAAGUUCCCAUGCCUGACCAAACAGAGCUUGAAGAGAGAUUUGCCAUAGUUUUGAACUCUAUGAACCUGCCUCCAGAUAAAGCACGUCUCCUGCGGCAGUACGAUAAUGAGAAGAAGUGGGACCUCAUCUGUGACCAGGAGCGUUUCCAGGUGAAGAAUCCUCCACAUACAUACAUCCAGAAACUACGUGGAUAUUUAGACCCGAGAGUCACACGCAAGAAAUUCCGCAGGAGGGUGCAGGAAUCCACUAAAGUCCUACGGGAGCUGGAGAUAUCACUGAGAACCAAUCACAUCGGGUGGGUUCGUGAAUUCCUCAAUGAUGAGAACAGAGGGCUGGACAUUCUGGUGGAGUAUCUCUCCUUCGCCCAAUGUGCAGUCAUGUUGGAUUUUGAAGGGCUGGAGAAUGGCGAGGACUGCUCGCUGGACAAGGCUAAGUCGUGGAGCAGGUCCAUUGAGGAUCUGCACCAGAACGGCUGCAAUACUUUGGUGCGCUCUGCGCGACAAUCCGUCCUCCGCUAUGGCUUAACUGCCAACAGCAAAACUAUCAAGAACUCCAGAUUAGUGAGUCAAAAGGAUGACGUGCACGUGUGCAUCAUGUGCUUGAGAGCGAUCAUGAACUAUCAGUAUGGCUUCAACCUUGUCAUGUCUCACGCACAUGCAGUCAAUGAGAUUGCCCUGAGUUUGAACAAUAAGAACCCGAGAACAAAAGCGCUGGUCCUGGAACUGCUGGCUGCUGUAUGUUUGGUGCGAGGAGGCCAUGAAAUCAUCCUCUCUGCGUUUGAUAACUUCAAAGAGGUAUGUAAGGAGAAGCAUCGCUUUGAGAAGCUGAUGGAGUACUUUCGUAGUGAAGAUGGAAAUAUCGACUUUAUGGUGGCUUGUAUGCAGUUCAUCAACAUUGUUGUCCAUUCAGUGGAGGACAUGAACUUCCGUGUACAUCUGCAGUAUGAGUUCACUAAACUGGGUCUUGAUGACUUCCUAGAGAAAUCCAAGCACACAGAAAGCGAUAAGCUGUCAGUGCAGAUCCAGGCAUACCUGGAUAAUGUUUUUGAUGUUGGAGGACUGCUGGAGGAUGCUGAAACAAAGAAUGUGGCUCUGGAGAAGGUGGAGGAGCUGGAGGAGCAUUUGUCACACGUGACAGAGAAGCUUCUCGAUGUUGAAAAUGAGACCAUAAUGAAGGUAGCGGACCUUGAGAAGCAACUUUUACACAAAGACAAGGAACUGGUAGCCAUCAAGGAGACGUACGAGUCAGCCAGCUCACAGGUGCACACACUGAGGCGGAUGAUCAAGGAGAAAGAUGCUGCUUUUCAGAGGCACAACAACAUUGAGAAGCGUUUGCUGGAACUGGAGCAGCAGGGCACAAUCCGUUUGCGCAAACAGCCUGAUGGAGAUAUUGCCAUUGAGGCCCUGGGUGGUGGUGGUGGUGGAGGGCUGGUUGGUGGGGUUGUGGUUGGAGCACCUUUGGGUGACCCGGGCUCACUUACUGCAGGCAUGACUGGGAGCGGAGGUCUCGAUGUCAGCUCACCUGUUGCUGUUAAAGUUGUUGCUCCACCCCCGCCUCCACCUCCACCUCCACCUGCCCCACCUCUCCCCUCAGAAGUGAUGUCUGUUUCUAUUCCUCCUCCUCCACCUCCUCCUCUCCCUGGACCAUCACCAUCAGUCAUCCUUAGUGUUGGCUUAUCAGCCAUCCGCAUUAAGAAGCCCAUAAAAACCAAGUUCCGUCUUCCUGUCUUCAACUGGACUGCACUGAAACCCAACCAGAUCAAUGGCACCGUCUUUAACGAGAUCGAUGAUGAGCGUGUGCUUGAGGAGUUGGAUCUUGAGAAAUUUGAGGAGUUGUUCAAGACGAAAGCCCAAGGCCCUGUGGUGGAUCUGUUAUGCUCUAAGAGCAAGGUCUCUCAGAAGACCAUGAACAAAGUGCAGCUGCUGGAUGCCAAUCGCUCAAAGAACUUGGCCAUCACUCUGCGCAAGGCCAACAAGACCACAGAGGAUAUCUGCAAAGCUAUUCAAACGUUUGAUCUGAAGGCUCUGCCGGUGGACUUUGUGGAAUGUCUGAUGCGGUUCCUGCCUACGGAGGCUGAGAGUAAACUACUGCGUCAAUAUGAGCGAGAGAGGAGACCUCUGGACCAGCUGGCUGAGGAAGACCGUUUCAUGCUCCUCUUCAGCAAGAUUGAGCGCCUCACUCAGAGGAUGAACAUCAUCACAUUUGUGGGGAACUUCAGUGAUAAUGUUAACAUGCUGACCCCGCAACUCAAUGCCAUCAUUGCAGCAUCAGCUUCAGUGAAGUCCUCACCAAAGUUAAAGAAAAUUCUUGAAAUCAUUCUUGCCCUGGGAAACUACAUGAACAGUAGCAAAAGAGGCUCUGUGUAUGGUUUCAAGCUGCAGAGUCUGGAUCUGCUGCUAGAUACGAAGUCUACUGACCGGAAGAUGACACUGCUCCAUUACAUUGCUCUUGUUGUGAAGGAGAAAUAUCCUGAACUGGCUACCUUCUACAAUGAACUGCACUUUGUGGAUAAGGCUGCAGCAGUGUCUUUGGAAAACGUGUUAUUGGAUGUUAAGGAGCUCGGUAAGGGCAUGGAUCUGGUCAGAAGAGAGUGUAGUCUGCACGACCACGCCAUACUCAAAGGCUUCCUGCAGACCAGUGAUACACAACUGGACAAACUGCAGAAAGAUGCCAAGACUUCUGAGGAGGCCUUCAACAAUGUGGUGCUGUACUUUGGAGAGAGUCCUAAGACUACACCACCCUCUGUGUUUUUUCCAGUGUUUGUGCGCUUCAUCAAAGCCUACAAGGAGGCCGUGGAGGAAAAUGAACUGAGGAAGAAGCAGGAGGAAGCCAUGAGAGAAAAACUACUAGCACAGGAGGCCAAACAGCACGACCCCAAGGUCCAGGCGCAGAAGAAGAGGCAGCAGCAGCACGAACUGAUCGCAGAGCUUCGCCGCAAACAAGCCAAAGACCACCGGCCUGUAUAUGAGGGCAAAGAUGGCACCAUUGAAGACAUCAUCACAGUGCUGAAGAGUGUGCCCUUCACAGCCCGCACCGCCAAACGGGGCUCACGCUUCUUCUGCGAUACCAACCUCUUCGACGAGUCCAUCUGCUAGCCCCCCAAAACCCCCCAAAAUACUACCCCUAAUGCCGCAGAUCUCCGAAGCCAGCCCUUCCUGCGAGCUGACGCGGUGAUCCGGAAUGGGUGGAAGCGACCCUAAAGACCCCUCACACACUCACCCUCUGCUACCCUCCCCCCCUGCUUUCUUCUGAAAUGGCAUCCUCCUACAAUUCACAGUGACUGAGGGAAGUGCAGGACCAAACCAAUGCCUUUCAUUUUAAGGGGUGGAAAAGUUAUUUAUUUAUGGAAAUCCUUUUUGGAUUCUGCACUGGAGGCUCUGUCAACAAAGUCAAAAAACAGACAUCAGGGCUACCACACUGUCCUCAUGAACACAUGCAAACAUAUCCGGAGUAGCAUCACUAGAAGCUUGUGUUGGCACAGGAGUGCUCCCCUGUGCAAAGUUGUGGAUUGAGUAGCAAAGAAAAGAGAAAACAGACAGCAGUGAGACUGGUCUGCUUUUCAAAAGGAUUUCACUCCCAUUAACAUGGAUUUCCUCAUAUUGUGCAAUCUAAGCAUGACUUUCUGACAGUGGGAUCGAGCAGUGAGGUCAGACUGAUGCUGACUUCCUGUCCAGAGCCCAUUUGUACAGCGCUUUAUAAACUAUGAACUCAGAAUGUUUGUUAAAGGGAUACUUCACCCAAAUAUGAAAUUACUGGGAUCAUUUACUAACCCUAAUGUUGUUCCAAACCAGUAUGACUUUAUUUCUUAUAUAUAACACAAAAGGAGGCAGAAUGUUUGCCUCAGUCACCAUUCACUUUCAUUGUAAGGGGAAAAAAGAUGCAAUGAAAGUGAAUGGUGACUGAGACAUCUUCCAUUUCCAAGGAAAUCAUAUGGGUUUGGAACAACAUAAGGGUAAAUAAAUGACAGAAAGUUAAUUUUUGGGUGAACUAUCCCUUUAAUCUCUUUCAACAACCUGGAACAUGUUAGUUUGUCUCCAGUAUUUUAACCUAGACAAGUACUAUGGUUACAAAGAAGUGCCUUUCUAUUGAGUCAGUAUUAUUUCUUAUAGCCAAUCAUGAUGUAUCUAAGUUUAUAUCUUUUUGUUAAUCCAAAUGUUGUAACAUUUCUGUUACUUAAUGUAAAUAUAAUAUGUAAUUAUCCAAAAAAAAAUGCAUUGUAGCUUUAAUGAAACGGCCUGAAUAAGGGCCGUUUUACUGACCAUUUUAAUGGCUUUGCAUCGAUGGUGCCUCUGUCCUCACCCGGCCCUUUAAAUGGACUGGACUUGUUGAACUGCUAGCAUAUGUAUGACAUGCAUAUGUACCUGAGAAAAGUGUACAUAAUGUAGUUCAUGCCAUUCCGUGAAACUUUUCCUAGCACAACAGUAUUUCCGUUCUCUUACCCAGCAGACUGAAUACACAGAUUUUUAUGUAUAUAAAUGCAUUUGGUUGUUGGAACACUCCAGAAUUGUAAAGAUGACAGAACUGAAUCUUUUGGGUGAGCAAUUUGUAUGUUAGUUCAGCAAAAACAAUUUCCCAAAACAGUAAUGUAAUGAAGGAAAACCAUUAUUUGUAGGAAAGACCCCAUUAGGUUUAGACCAACAAUAUCUGUUCUUUAUAUUUUAAAAUGUUUUAUGAGGGUAGAGAAGAAUUUGAUUAUGGAAAAACAAUAUAAUGAAACAAUAUAAUGUUAUUCCCUCUGCACUAGCAUUGCAUACACAGCAAUUCCAUAUGAUUGUCUUAAGUGGGCCUUUAUAAAAGGGACAUAUUACAGUGUGACACUGCAAAUUAACUAAAGCUCAAGAGAAGUGCUCAAAUACAACACUAAUAAUGUUAAUCUUUUAGAUUUUGUAUCUUCAUUUCUUAUUUAAUUAAAAAGAUAGUUCACCCAAAAAUGAAAAUUCUCAUCAUUUACUCACCCUCAUGCCAUUCUAGAUGUGUAUGACUUUCUUUCUUCUGCAGAACACAAACGAAGAUUUUUUGGUCCAUAGUGAAUGGUGCCAAAACUUUGAAGGUCCAAAAAGCACAUAAAGGAAGCAUAAAAGUAAUCCAUAAGACUCCAGUUGUUAAAUCCAUCUCUUCAGAAGCGCUGUUAUUAGUGUGGGUGAGAAACAGAUCAAUAUUUAUGUAAUUUUCUUUUUACUAUAAAUCUCCAGUUUAACUUUAUUUUGUUUUUGGUGACUUGCAUUCUUCAUUCAUAUCGCCACCUACUGGGCAGGGAAGAUAAUUUAUAGUAAUAAAGUACUUAAAUAUUGAUCUGUUUCUCACCCACACCUAUCAUAUCACUUCUGAAGACUUUGAUUAAACCACUGGAGUCACAUGGAUUAAUUUUAUGCUGCAUUUAUGUCCUUUUUGGAGAUUUAAAGUUCUGGCCACCAUUCACUUGCAUUGUAUGGACCUACAGAGCAGAAAUAUUCUUCUAAAAAUCUUUGUGUUCAGCAGAAGAAAGUCAUACACAUCUGUGAUGGCAUGAGGUGAGCAAAUGAUGAGAAAAUUUACAUUUUUGGGUGAACUAUCCCUUUAAUGAUUUCUUUCUGAACAUGUUUCAUAUUGUUAGCCCACAGAAUAAAUUAAAUUAAGCCAUUUGGGAGGAAAAGCACACAAAAAAAAGAUGAAUGUACCAAAAUGUGGAUGUUAUUUAGUUGGUAUGGACCAAUUAAUGCAGCAGUUACCUGGGUAUUCAAUAAAUGUGGACAUGUCAUAAUUUUGUAGAUCUUGGUAAAUAAAAAUAUUUGAGACUCACAUUUGACUUCACCACAAAAUGUCGAUAUAUUGGCACAUUUCAGUUUAAAUAAUGUACAUUUCUUUUCUGUAUAUUAAUAGCCAUAGUAUUGUGUAUUUUGUUUUUAAUAAAUACAAUACAAGCUUAAUUUACAAAAUGAAUGAAAUCAAUAUUAUUUUUAUUAGUGACACUUUAAGGCCUUUAAAGGAAGACCUGAAUCUGACUUGCCAAACAACUGUGAUCUGUAACCUUUGACCAAUGGUCUAAUGUGGGGGAAACAAAAUAAAAAACUUACCACUUGCACCAUUUGCCAAGCUACAGUAGAGCACCAACCCAGAAACCACUUCUAUUUUUUCUGUACACAUUUUUAUUUCUCAAUAUAUCUGCUAUUUUUUUGUAAUUGAUAAAGUUCUCCAUCAGGAAAUGAAAACAUUACUCUGUCUCUCCAAAAGAAGGGCUGAGCCACCAUGCAUUUCUACUAUAAAAGCAGUUUAAUUAUUUUGUGUGUGUGUGUAUAUAUAUAUAUAUAUAUAUAUAUAUAUAUAUAUAUAUAUAUAUA